AUGACUCCGCAGCAGUACUGCCUGCGGUGGAAACACCACCACUCCAACGUCCAGAGCAUGUUCUCGCAACUUCUGGAGAAAGAAAGAUUUUGUGACGUCACUCUAUACUGUUCGUCUAACUUCUCUACACAAACGCCAAAUAAAGAGAGGGACACGAGUAUGCGAGGGGUGUCACUCAAGGCGCACAGGGUGGUCCUGGCAGCUUGUUCAGAACUCCUGGCGACGCUGCUAGGCGCUCAUGAGGCGCAAGGAGAACCAGUUUUGGUGAUCGAUGGCGCGGAGCCCGUUCACGUCCGAGCUCUACUGGACUACAUGUAUACGGGGGAAAUGAAUGUUCACCAUUCGCAGCUAGCUGGCUUACUGAAAACGGCUGAAGAGCUCCGGAUAAAAGGACUUACAGAUAUACGGUGGAGCAAUAAGGAUGAACCGCCCGAUUCAACAUCUGGUGCAGUGACAACGACGCAGAAGAACUCGCAAACCGAGCCAAAGCCGGAAUCCAUUUUGCCGGACAUCAACGUUCCUGAUAAGAGUGCACCCGACAAGAACUCGAACGACGUCAGAAAUUCCAUCUCAAAUGACGUCAGACACGAUUUAGGGAAAUCCCCGGUUCGGACGAAGAACGACAUACACAAGGAGGCUGUUGAUUCGGAGAUGAAGAACGAGCAUGACGUCGUCGAUGUGGGGAAGGAGAAAUUCACGUUGAACGGAGGCCCGCCACCAUUAAUAAAAUUGCCAGUGAAGGAUAAAAGUAGCGCGCUACUGAAGAGGGAUAUUUCCGAUACUCAAAGCGAAAGCCAGAGUCCGAAGCGACAAAGACUGACGAGUGGAACAGAACACACAGACGAUGAACUAUCCUCACAAACAGUCAAAUCGGAAAAAGAUCAAGAGUGGAGACAUGGAAACUUGAACAUCUCAGUGGAAAGGAUAGUUGGCUGGGGGGCUGGUGAAGCGGAAAUCGGAGAAUGGUCCCGCGAUGCGUCUGAUGACGAAUGGGCUGACGCUCCAGCGGAUAUCGGGUCCUUUCUGCACACCAAGCUUCGCGUAGAUGGUGAUAACAGUGCAGAUGAAGAAUCCGAUGAUAGUGCGACAGCGAUGCCAGAAGCGCUUGCGCAUGCCUCGUCAUCCUCGUCGACUACCAGUACUUCGCAUGUAGACAUGCCGAAAUCUUCCAAAAGUAGCGGCAACUGCGUGGACCCUCGCUUCAGCGAUGUUGUCAAAUUAAACGACUACCUGCGACAUGGGAGAAGACCGCAGUUUUGGGAAGAAAACUAUGUAAAAAGGGUAAUGGACGCGGUGCGUCUCAAAGAGUUGGAGAUGAAGCAGGCAGCGGAAAUAUUAGGUGUGAGCUACGGCACCCUGUACGGGAGGUACCGGGACGUGUAUGGAUGUAUUAACAGGCCUUAUAGCUUACCAACAGAGCUUGCCAGGCGAAAUCGUAGAAGCCGAAACUCCCCUCCCGAGACCGCGCGUGACUUCUGGCAGGCGAAGGGACCAUCGGAAAUUCUAGAUCGAGUUCAGCGAGGUGAGAUAGGCCUGGAAGCAGCUGCACUGGCGUUGGGAGUCAAUCCGUCCAAGUUGGCUGCCUAUGUUGCAGAUGGGAGCCCCAUAUUAGACGAAAAAAGUCCAAUGCCUCUCAUCUUGCCUUCAUAUAUGCCGGAACCAUCUCCGAAGAAGAGGGACGUUGAGAGUGGAACCGAACCUGAAGCGGUACUCGAUCAGAAUCAGAAAAACAGACCACGAUCAUACUUAAAGAAGGAAACAAAUAAGGCAAGAAAAGUAACUACCAACAUGGAGGAAGACUUGUCUUUGAUGAAUUCGAGUUUUGAUAACCAAUUCACUUCGCCCCAAGCUACACAAAGCAGCGCCUGGCCGUCAAUCCGUGUAGCCAGUAUAGAAUCACUUCGCGGUGGUGAUAAUACACCAUCACCAUCGCAACUAAUGAAAACCCGACCGGACCUGACAAUCAUAGCCGCGAAACGCGAUAAGGACGAGACGUGA